CGUUUAGUUGGUCCCUCUUCCUUUGCCGUCAUGACGUCAUCAACCGUGGCCGCGUCCGGCAGCGUGAGGAAGAGCAGGAACACGUUCCAGAUGUCUGUGACCUUUUCAUUUUGAACUUGUUCACUUCAAGCUCGAGGAAGAAUUGGAAUAAUGUCCGCGAAGCAGGCGUCCGUCCACGCCAAGUGGAUCAUUGGCAGAGUCAUCGGAACCAAGAUGAGCAAGACGGCAAAAGUGCGCGUCACCAGGCUCGUGCUCGACCCCUACCUGCUCAAGUACUACAACCGCAGGAAGACGUACUUCGCUCAUGACGCGCUGCAGCAGUGCACGGUGGGCGACGUGGUGCUGCUCCAGGCUCUGGCCGAGCCGCGCUCCAAACACGUCAAACACGAGCUGGCCCGGGUGGUCUACAAGGUGGGUCGGGUGGUGGACCCGCUGACGGGGAAGCGGGUCGCCGGCGCCGACUUCCUGGAGCCGCUGGACGACCUUCGCGGCGAUCACGUGACUUUGGCUCAGAAAGUGCAAAGCUUGAACAUCUCGGCGGACGCGUCACGUUAACGUUAUCAUUACUUCUACAUUCGUACAUUCGUACAUCCUCGCUUGGGUCUGGGUUGAGCUGGAGUCCAUCCCGGCUGAGAGGUGGGAUGCAGCCAGGACUGGUUGCCAGCCAAUCACAGUGCACAUACAAGCGUUCACAAUUCACACCCAUUGCCAGCCUCACACUAUUUUGGAAUGUGGGAGAAUGCGGGAGUACCCGGAGAAAAAAACCGCUUGAGCGUGGGGAGAACGCGCCAACUCCACACUUUUGGAACUCGGAACCUCAAAACUGUGAGGCAGAUGUGCCAAUCACGAAGACCGCCGUAUUGCCCUUCCACAGGGUGUUUGGAACGUAUUUCUAUGGCAUGGUUACAGGUUUCAAUAUGUAAUCUUUAACAAUAUUCUGUACAUCCUGUAUUUUCAGGUCCUAAUUAUUAUAAUUCAAUCCCAAGUUGAUAAUAAAAAAAUUUCCUUUACUGUCAA